AAACUUCUGGAAACUUCAAAACAAGAUCUUUCAGAUCCAGACACCACCACCGGUUGAUAUAGUUGUCUGGCAUAUCAGAUGCAUCACAUUUUCCAGCGAUCUACUUACUUACGCGAUGAUCCCUAUUACUAGGAUUUGUUUAACCAACCAAUUCGAGAAUUUCCGUCCGCGAGUCGAAGGCCUGACGUGUGCCGAGCGAGAACCCGUGAUCGCACUGGCUUACACACCCGACGGUGGCCCAUGGAACGAAAAUCAGCUUUUGGAAUGCGAAUAAAGCAGCAAACAACAAUAAGGGAGGAGGGGCUUCUAAAGAGAAGAGGAAAGGAGCAACCGCGACGAGCAGUGCAGUGAACAGUGUUCCACUAGAGGUCACGGCAGAACCUGCUUACAGUGUGAACAAAUUCAAAGAUCUGGCAACCUGUCUUUCGGUAAAUUGCUUGUAGCAGGAGAAGCAGGCGGCAGUCUGGCUGUUCUAGAAUAGGGGGAAGGUAGGCAUUCAAGAACAUUUUCAAUUUAUGUUUGAAGUAACUAGUUGUACUAGGAAGGGAAAUUCAAUUCGGAUUACUUACAUCUAGAAGAAAAUGCCUCUUAUGUGUGAACAAAUGUUGUUGGUGAGAACUUCUUUUACUUCUAGAAUGAGAGAAGUGCACUGGAUUUUUACAUUUGCGCUUUUCAUUCUCUGAAAAAUCAUUAACCAAAUCAAAGAAAUGAAAACCAAUUUUAUCUCUACGACCACAGCGUGCUCCGUCGUCUGAAGGGUCACUCGAAUGCGCCGUUGUGCUGCGGCUUUUCUUCGGGCUUGACUUAGACUUUUUCUGGUGGAAAGGACCGAACUUUGCGAUUGUACGAUAUUUCCGCAAGCUCUAAUGCUAACUUACUCACUUGGAACCAUGCCCAUGCGGAUUUCGUGAAAGCGCUUGCACCGAGUCCGGGGAUUCAGCCCUUCGUCUGCCUCGCUGGGGGCGCCGAAGGCGUCUGUAAACUUUGGGACUCUCGGAUCGAGAAUCGCGGGAAUCAGUAUGGACAGCAGGAGUAGAAAGUCCUAUUUCUACCUCUGGUGCACCAGCUCAAUCAUUACAACGGCUGUAAUGGAAGUUUUGGAACCACAUCAAGUGCCGCUGAUGAUGUGCAUAAACAAAUGGUGCUGGAUCCAGUAGAGACCGUUGCAUGGUAUCCAGGGAGCAUGAUGUUCGUGUCGGCUGCCGGAACAAGCGUCCGCGUCUGGGACGUUAGGAAAGGGGGAAAUGACAGUACUACAACUACUAUCAUGAACAAUUCAAUUACAACUUGGAAAUAUUUUUUUUUGUAUCGCGAGCGAGUUCCGUGAAGAACCUGCCUACAGUUUUUUUUUUGUAGUGCGAUAGAAAGAAUUAUGGCGUUAUUAUUAUAGUACAUAGAUGUUGAUCUCGAUCUAAGGAGGAGCCUGACCGCACAAUAUCUUCUUUUACCCACGACCUAUACCUCCUUUUACCACAGGUCGUUUGUUGUCUUGCUUUGGUUUGUCCCACCUCAUCAAGGAGCUGACGGACGUGUCGGUGUCUGAAAGCGGCGACUUCAUCGUCUCUGGUUCGUUCGAUCCUACGUGCCGAGUCUGGGACGCGCGAUCCUACGGUCAUGUCUACGCUUUUGCACAUGAGAGUGCGGUUAGCAAGUGCAGCUUUGGCGGCAGCGACGAUUUCCUUGCGGUCGGACAGCAGAACGGACGAUUCACUGUGCGGAAGCAGUUCAAGCCAAAAACAAAUCCAGAUGGAUCUAUUUCUACGAAGAAAAUCACAAAGCAGAAGAAGAUUGUGAACUGAUAAGUGAACAGGCCAACGCGCAAACCACUAAUCCAACUGCGCAGUUAGCUUUGUGGCUUAGGCGUUGGCUUAUUCACUUAUCAAUCAAACUACCCAAGGUUCGAGUUGUCGUGCUAGUUUGAACUCAGAAACAAGCUCAAUGGGCGGGUCUUCUCACACAAAGUCAAACUCAUACUUACAUAACAUUCUGCUCAUACUCAUACACAUGAUUUCUUAGCUUAUCCAGAUUAAAUCAACGAUUAACACGAUGGAAUUCCGAUAAACGCAACAAUUGUACUACAGUUGGAAAGUUCUUCUCUUGAUUUGAAGUUAGCAAUUAUAUACUCUUGCUCUUGGUAGCGGUCUUUUCCAUCAAAGUCGCAGUUUGAACUUAAUUUAUGCAAGUUAGUAACAGCAGGUCGGCGGAGACGGAGUUUGAUUGUCCUUUAUUCGAUAAUACGCCACGCAGAAAGUAGUUCAACGCAACAUGUAAGUAGCAGCAGAUUAUUUAGAAGUUUGUUCAUUGUCUUUCUUCGUCGAGAUCGAGAAGCAGAAUAUCGACGAUCAAGAACUUGUCAACAUUGUCAACAAGGAGACUAGAAGAAGCUAUGGGGACAUAGAUUCAGGUCAACGAG